GAUCUUCGGUCUGAAAAGUCAAAAAUACCCAGUUUUAUAAAAAUAAUGAUAAAACACGAAAGUGGUCUAUUUCUGCCUCGAAAUGCCGAAAAUAGAUUCUCGUCGUCUUGCCCUCCCAUGCCCGUGAGAUUGAUAGCUUUCAGGAACUGUUAAGCCAGCGGAGCGCACCUAUGGCUUCUUUACAUUAAACAAAGGCCUAAAGCGAAGGAGUAUUUUAUGUUCAUUCAAUUUGUGGUAGCUGUUUUCGUGAUGUUUGAUUGUGUUUCGAUUUGUGAUUUGGCCGCUACGCUAGUGUGUUUUCGUUUCCUGCUAAAGGGCUAAUAUAUGUUUUCCCUCUUGCUAACUCACUUUUACUAAUGGUUACUUGUUCUUCAUGUUUUACCGGUUCAUGAAACCCUGCAACAUCCUAAAAAAAAAAAAAGGUUUGGUUGAAUAUAUUCAAAGUUUGAACAUUCGUCUAAUAGAAUGGCUGAUGGGAUAUCAAGCUUCUGGGGUCCUGUUACAUCCACUACUGAGUGUUGUGAGAAGAAUUAUGCUAAUUCUUCUUAUAUUGCAGAAUUUUACAACACCAUAUCCAAUAUACCAUGCAUACUUUUGGCUCUCAUUGGCCUCAUAAAUGCAUUAAGGCAACAGUUCGAGAAGAGAUUUAGUGUUCUUCACAUAUCUAAUAUGAUACUUGCAAUUGGAAGCAUGUUUUUCCAUGCCACGUUGCAACGUGUGCAACAGCAAAGCGAUGAGACCCCCAUGGUAUGGGAGAUGCUACUGUAUCUGUACAUCCUCUAUUCACCGGACUGGCACUAUCAUAGUACAAUGCCUACAUUUCUCUUCCUUUAUGGUGCUGUUUUUGCUAUGGUUCAUUCAGUGGUGCAUUUUGGAAUGGGCUUCAAGGUGCAUUUUGUCAUCCUCUGCCUUCUUUGCAUCCCUCGAAUGUACAAAUAUUACAUUCAUACAGAAGAUGCCUCUGCCAAGCGACUUGCAAAACUGUAUGUGGCUACCCUUUUCACUGGUAGUUUAAGUUGGCUUUUCGAUCGGAUCUUUUGCAAGAACAUAUCAAAUUGGCCCAUCAAUCCGCAAGGACAUGCUUUGUGGCAUGUCUUUAUGGGUUUUAAUUCCUAUUUUGCAAACACAUUCUUGAUGUUUUGCCGUGCCCAUCAGCGAGGAUGGGCACCAAAGGUUGGCUAUUUUGGUGGUGUUCUUCCAUAUGUGAAGAUUGAGAAAUCAAAAAAAACUCAAUGAAAGAAAAUGAGAUUAUGAAAAAGAAGUGAGGAACUUGAUUUUGUGGAAGAUGGGGUGUUAACACGCACCCUUUCUCCAGAAAACAUUUCCAUGUAGUUUUUGCUUCUAAUUGGAGGCGUGUGAGAAGUUGUAGAAGCUAAGGAAAACAAUCUGUCAAUUUUUUGUUCAUCUGGAUGGAUCUUGAGGGAAAUGUGACGUCAAAGUUUUCAUUGUAAAAGUAGAACAUGUACUAUAUUUUAUAUGCUCUGUUGAAUCAUCAGCUUAGAUGUUUUUUUUUUCA